AUGGAAGGAUUGUGCCUGCAGCAGUUGCCUGAGCUGUACGCGGGCCAGCUGUUCAACGACCUGGACGAGGCCAAGCUGGUGAUUGAGGUGUUUUGCUUCCUCAAGCGCAGGCCCUUCCGCGUGGUGAACCGCAACCCAAAUCGCAUGGUCAUCAAGUGCACCAACAAGAAGUGCCCCUUUGCGGUGCGCAUGUCCCGGACCAAGGCGGGCGUGUUUCGUGUAUCCUCCCUGUUGCUGCAGCACACCUGUCCCAGCACGGACGCGCAGGUGCAGUCUGCCACGGGGAAGAAGGCGAGCUCGCGGCAAGUUCACUCCACCGCGUUUCUUGCGCUUGUGGCGCGCGACUUUUACGUCCAGCACGCCACGACAGAGGAGGACCCCUCACGAAAGUUCAUUGCGUCGACAGCAUCAGCGACCACGGGACCAGCGGCAGUUUGA